AUGGUUUUGGUUAACGGAGUGAAGUAUGCGUGUGAGAGGUGUAUCAGAGGCCACCGGGUGACCACCUGUAAUCACACAGACCAACCAUUAAUGAUGAUUAAGCCUAAGGGGCGUCCUUCUACUACAUGUGCACAUUGCAAGGAGCUUAAGAAGAACAGAAAUAGCAAUCCAUCUGGUGUGUGUACUUGUGGAAGGGAGGAGAAGCGGCGAUUACUGAAGAAGGCGAAGGAAGAGGCAAGAGCUAAGUUGAAGGAGGAGAAAUGUGGAUGCCAUAAUAAAGCUGCAUGCACCUGCCAUAAGUUGAGACAGCGGAAGAGUUCCUCCAAACGGAAACAGAUUGCAGUGAGUGAAAUAGAAAUAGGUGGCAACAGUUUAGGGAUCGAUAAGGUUCCUAGGACGGUUAAUAAUAACGUUGAGGGUUCACUAAAAUCAGGCCAGUUUGCUGGUAAUAGUAAGUUUAGUUUGAUGGGAUCUGUAUUAUCUGUGCAUUCAGUCCAGUCUGGUGAUACAGAUCCUCUUGUUUUGGUUAGCCCGGCACACAGUGGUGUUAGUAAUAAUUUUCAUGGGUCUCAUGCUGGCAAUAUAAGUUGGGAUAAUAAUUCGGUAGCCUCAUCUUUGCAAUCCGAAACUUACCUGGGAGGAAGCAACACUCCCUUAGGGUUAGACCCUUUGCUGAAUAUAAACCCCGUGACGCCCCUGGCUAGGAUGCAUAUGGGUGAAGUGUCCAUUUCAUUGAACGAGGAUAUUCCAUCAGAUCCGGGCAGCAAUAUUCAAUCUACGAAUACGCUAAUGAACCUGAAUGACCGUAUCUCUUUGCAAGACGAUGGAGGCAAAGAGGAGAAGCUAGACUUUUUCACUGAUACGUCUAAGGCUCAAUUAAACUAUAAUGAAUUGAAACAAAAGCGACUACGUAAACCUUUGGAUGUCACGUCUCAGGAUAAUGGUGUUAUGGAAACAACGGGGUUAGUUAGUUCCAAUUCGAUGAGAUCUGCCUCUCCAACUGAAAUAGUAAGUCCAACGGCUUCUUUGUCUACUUCAAAUUCGCGAUUGAGGACUUUGAAUAGUUCGGACUCUAUAUUAUCUUUGCAGACGAAUCGUGGGAAUGGUUAUAAUAAUGCUCAUUACUACCAGAACAUGAUCCAUUAUCCUUUGAAUCAAAAAAGCAGUUUUUCUUUUGCAAAUUCUCCUUCUGUUCAUAGUGUCGAUUCUGUGUCAAGACAAGCUUUCCCUAAUAAUAAUUCCAUUGCUGCAUCAGUGGUACCAUCGGCUAUUUCUACUUCCUACGUUGCUCGAACUUCUUCUAUAGUUCCUGCAACUUCUGGAAACAACCAGAACCAAGGCAACAGAGUUGAAGAAAUGUCUUUGAAUCCAAAUUUUAUUGAUCUUCCCGUUAAUGCAUAUAAAAAUCCUUAUCAUAUUUCGAAUUUAAACAACAAACAAGCUAGUGAACCCCAAAUAUUGAGAGACAACAAUCAAGUGUUGCUACGGCAACAGACCAGACAAAGGUCCGUUAGUAUUCACAAGGAUCAUCGUUAUGACCAAUUUUCUUCUCAGGAACAUCAAUUUAAAAAGACUUCGAUAAACACAUCUAUAAAUUCGACUGGCAUAAAUCCGAAUGAACUUUCGACUUUGGAAAACUCGAAAAGCACCAAAUCAUUUGCUUCAUCUAGUACCGAAUCGAGUGCUAACACAUCAGCUAACCCUAAACCCUGCACUCAUAAGCCAUCAAUGCUAGAAUCUACAUUUACCGCAGAAUUCAAUCAGUUGCUUUCUGAGACCACCAACGCUUUAGAUACAGAAUGUAUCUUUUCAGCUAAUUGUGCCCUAUGGAAUUCUGAUAUCUCUGUCUCUCCCACUGCAGCUACAAUUCGUGGUACAACUUUACCCCAGACAAACCCUGAGAAUACAACUGCUAUUACAGGUACAAGCCAAGAAAAUGCCAAUAAUAUUCUACGAUUUGUGGAUGCAAAUUAUGCCGAUUUGGAUAGUUUGAUAACCAAUUUGUAG